GGAAGAAUGAUUCGCACGUGCGACGGCGAGCUGAAAGCAAGCCAUAAGCGGAUCCGAAGCUUGUCUGGCACGUGAGACGACUCCUGUCAUGCUCUGGUUCCCACCGCUUUACUCAUUACCUGCUUCCGUCUCCCCGAAAUCCUCCUCCGUCAGACAACUCCUCCACUGAAUUCAGUUCUUAUACCAAAAUCGUGUUUGAGGAAUUAGGGCAGUGGAUGGUUCGAGUCGGAUGCUGUGAUUCUGCGACUGAUUUGUGGUCGUCGACUUCGUCUUCUUCAGGUUGCAGGUUGAGGCUUUGCGAAAAAGGUUAUUAUAGGAUGGAGCAAGCCUAAUGAUCUCUCAAUUUUUUACGUAAAUUGGAGACUUGAGAACUACACGGGGAGCAAGCAGCAUUCCAGGCUUCUAGGCUGAACUCACAAGGCCUCUAAGCUGAAACCACAAUGAUCCAAAAACUUGAAGAGUGAGAAGAUUUUUUGGAGAGAAGAAUUUAGUGAUACCCAAAGUAAAAGAACUGUUUAAUAUAUAUAUCCGUAGGCUUCAGAAGAGAGUUGCUGGGGCAGUUAUUGGAUGAUGGACUCGUGUGAUUGCAUUGACUCACAAUGGUCUACAGAAGAGCUUCUAGUGAAAUAUCAAUAUAUAUCAGACUUCUUCAUCGCCCUUGCUUAUUUCUCUAUUCCCUUGGAACUUAUUUACUUUGUACAAAAAUCUGCUUUUUUCCCAUAUAGAUGGGUGCUAAUGCAGUUUGGGGCUUUUAUUGUUCUUUGUGGAGCUACUCACCUUAUAAACUUAUGGACCUUCUCUAUGCACUCUAAAACUGUUGCUGUGGUGAUGACGAUUGCCAAAGUUUCUUGUGCUGUUGUAUCAUGUGCAACAGCUUUGAUGCUGGUUCAUAUUAUUCCUGAUCUGUUAAGUGUUAAAACUCGGGAACAGUUUUUAAAGAAUAAGGCUGAAGAGCUGGACCGGGAGAUGGGUCUUAUCCUUACUCAAGAAGAAACUGGAAGGCAUGUCAGAAUGCUGACCCAUGAAAUUAGAAGCACUCUUGACAGGCAUACCAUAUUGAAAACAACUCUUGUUGAGCUGGGAAGGACUUUAGGCCUGGAGGAAUGUGCUCUGUGGAUGCCAUCACGGACUGGUAUGAACUUGCAACUUUCUCACACCCUAAAUCAUCAGAUGUCUGUUGGAUCUACUGUGUCAAUCAACCUUCCUAUAGUCAAUGAAGUCUUCAACAGUGCUGGAACAAUAAGAAUACCAUAUACCUGCCCACUUGCGAGGAUCAGACCUCUUGUGGGAAGAUACUUGCCGCCUGAGGUUGUCGCUGUGCGGGUACCUCUUUUACAUCUUUCAAAUUUCCAGAUUAAUGACUGGCCUGACCUCUCCGCAAAAAGUUAUGCAGUGAUGGUUUUGAUUCUCCCGACAGACAGUGCCAGAACAUGGCGAGAUCAUGAGCUGGAACUCGUAGAAGUUGUUGCAGACCAGGUAGCUGUUGCUCUUUCACAUGCUGCGAUUCUAGAAGAAUCUAUGCGAGCCCGUGAUCAGCUUAUGGAGCAGAAUGUUGCUUUAGAUUUAGCUCGACGAGAGGCAGAGAUGGCAAUCCAUGCUCGUAAUGAUUUCCUAGCUGUAAUGAAUCAUGAAAUGAGAACUCCAAUGCAUGCCAUCAUUGCUUUGUCUUCUCUUCUUUUGGAGACUGAACUCACUCCUGAACAAAGAGUAAUGAUAGAGACCAUAUUAAAAAGCAGCAACCUUCUGGCAACUCUUAUUAAUGAUGUUCUAGAUCUAUCUAGACUCGAAGACGGUAGCCUAGAAUUAGAACUUGGAACAUUCCACCUCCAUGGGGUUUUCAGAGAGGUCAUUAAUUUGAUCAAGCCUGUUGCGUCUGUAAAGAAGUUAUCAGUGAGUUUGAUCUUGGCCCCAGAUUUGCCUCUGUGUGCGGUUGGUGAUGAGAAGCGUCUUAUGCAGACACUCUUAAAUGUUACGGGUAACGCUGUAAAGUACACAAAGGAGGGAUAUGUUUCACUUAUAGCUUCUAUUGCAAAUCCUGACUCUCUAAGAGAUUGGCAAACUCCUGAAGCUUAUCCUGUAUCAAGUGAUGGUCACUUCUUCUUACGUGUGCAGGUUAAGGAUUCUGGUUGUGGUAUCAUGCCUCAAGAUAUUCCGCACAUUUUCACCAAAUUUGCUCAUUUUCGAAAUGGAUCAAAUCAAAGUAACAGUGGUGCAGGUCUUGGGCUUGCCAUCUGUAAACGGUUUGUAUGUCUCAUGGGGGGUCACAUUUGGAUUGAAAGUGAGGGCCUGGAUAAAGGCAGCACAGUUACAUUUGUUGUCAAACUUGGGAUAUGCAACAAUCCAGAUGAAUUAUCAGCACAACAGAGUGCACCUAGAAGAGCAAAUCAUGGAAGUGCAGAGCUUGCUGGUCAUAAAACAGUUAUUAGAGAUAAUGAACCGCGUUACCAGAGAAGUUUUUAAGCAAAAGAUGUUCUAGCACCACAGGAUCCAGCUUGUGUUAGUAUUGGUUUUCCUUCUUGAUAUUAGUUUUUCAGUCACUGAGCUAGCGGGGGUGUUGCAAGAAUCUUAACAUCAGGCCCAAGCAGGAUCAUUGAUUGUAGAGGUGAUGAAAGACUGCGUAUAUGUAACCUUUGGCAUGAUUUUAGUGCAAGUGUCGUAUAGAAUUAAUUUCUUUUGUGCUGGGUGUUGGAUAUGAUUUAACACAAUACAUGAAAAAACAUUCCAAGUUGGAAAGAUCAAGAGGUCACUGGUGAGAGUUGGAUGAUGUAUUUUUCACGUUGAAAUGAAAGCAUGCUGCUCGAAAGCUUGACAUGUAGUCUUCUCAA